CGUUGUUCGGGUGCAGGAAGGACAGCGACACCCACCAUUUCUGGUCGAGGGGUGAAGCCUCGUGAAGGUGUAAAUCUUCCGAAAUGUAAGGUCACAUUUCAUUGACCUUGUGGGCAGCCCAGAGUCCGCACGGUGCCUUGUGUCAGUGAAGGGGGACCCGAGCCCUGGGUCUGCUGGGGCUGCCUGCCCUGGGCGGUGGCCACGCCUCCCCCUCACUCGUGACCCAGAUGGAACAGAGCCAGGAAAAUGGGCAUUUGUUAUGAUGUCGGAAACCCUGGGCACGCCGAGCCAGGGAUGGUAAAACAGCCCCAUAAAACUAAGGGAGCUCUGACACAUUUAUUCAGAGUUUAUACAAAAGCAGAGCAUCUGAAAACCAGUAAGAGAGAAAAAACUGUAAGGACAGGUGGGCCAGCCCGGUGGCAUGCUCGCUGACCCCUGGGCGGGCGACCAGUGGCCGAGGCCAGGACGGGACUGCCUGCUGUCGGUGGCGGGCGUGGGUGCGCCUCCUUGCCCAGGAGGCGUUCGUGCAGACACCGGCCGGACGAGAGUGAGGUUGCAGCCUUGUCACUGACUGUGGCCAGGGACUGUCCUCAGACGCCCGGUGCGGUGAGAAGAGCAGAGUCUCGGGCGCGGGGCAGUGCAGUGCGCGGACUCCCGCGUUUGCUUGUGCUGGUCAGACGUGACUCUGUGCUGUCUGGUGACUGAUACGUGAUGGGGCCUUAUUUUCACACCUGGCCCCGGGCACUCCUGGCGCAGCAGGGCCGCCCCCCGUGGAGGUCGGUGUGGGAUUGGAGGCUCCUUGUGGCUGGGCAGCUGCGUCGCUUCUGGGUUUUGCCUCAGUGGAUGCAGACGUCCCCGCACACAGGGCGCCUCGUCUCAGGGCUACCCCAGCUGCUCGUAACACCGUUCCCGCCCGGCUCCGACCCUGGCACGGCGGGCCUCCCACUGAGGCCAGCUUUCCGUGUCAGCAGCAUCUCAGCUGCUCAGAGUGUGGGGUCUGCCCCCCUGAGCGUCGUGUUCAUGUCCUGCUCUUUUCGUAACUGGGAUGGUCCCUUCUCUCAGGGUGUGAGAAUUCGGGUGCUGUUGGUGUUGACCUCCAGCGUUCUGCCUCCCUUGUCUCAUCGGAUGGGAGGCGUUGGGGACCUUUGCCGAGGACCCUGGGCUCUGCAGGGCUCGGUCCUGUCCACGUGGUCCUGACCCACCCUUUGUGAGCCACAGAAAAGGGACUGGAUUGGGGGUGUCCUGUCUGAGUGGACACAGGAGACCACGGUUUCCAGUACGACACCAGUUGUCCAUGAACCUCCUAAUGUGAGAGGCCCCUCUGAGUGAGACUGAUGCCGAGAGUUGCCCCCUGCCAGUGCUACUUGAAACCUGAGCUGUACCUUACAGGACCGCAUAAUUGACGCUGGCCCCAAAGGCAACUAUUCCCGAUUUAUGAAUCACAGCUGCCAGCCCAACUGCGAGACCCUCAAGUGGACGGUGAAUGGUGACACACGUGUGGGCCUGUUUGCCGUGUGUGACAUUCCUGCAGGGACGGAGCUGACUUUCAACUACAACCUUGACUGUCUGGGCAAUGAGAAGACCGUGUGCCGCUGUGGAGCCUCCAACUGCAGCGGGUUCCUUGGGGACCGACCGAAGACGUCGGCGCCGCUUUCCUCAGAGGAGAAGGGAAAAAGGGCCAAGAAGAAGACCAGGAGGCGCAGAACGAAAGGCGACGGGAAGAAGGACUCGGAGGACGAGUGCUUCCGCUGCGGCGACGGGGGCCAGCUGGUGCUCUGUGACCGCAGGUCCUGCACCAAGGCCUACCACCUGCCCUGCCUGGGCCUGCGCAAGCGGCCCUUCGGGAAGUGGGUGUGUCCUUGGCACCACUGUGACGUGUGUGGCAAACCUUCUGCCUUGUUUUGCCAUUUUUGCCCUAAUUCGUUCUGCAAGGAGCACCAGGACGGGACAGCCUUCCACUCCACCCAGGACGGGCGGUCCUACUGCUGUGAGCAUGACUGGGGGACAGAGCCCAGUGCGAGCAGCAAGGCCGAGAAACCCCUCCCGGAGCCCACGAAGCCCAAGGGGAGGCGGCGGCGGCGGCGGUGCUGGCGGAGGGUCACGGAGGGCCGGGCAGCCCCGGCCAGCCUGCCUGUGGGCGGGGCCCAGCUCCGGACCGGCCGGGACCCAGGGCGAAGCCGCCAGAGGAGCGGGGCCUCCUCGGGAGGGGGCGCCUUCCCCCCACUGAGCCACCAGCAGCGCCCGCUGCGCCUGCACUGA